CAUCUCUCUCUCUCUCGCUUCCCCAUCACAGAGAAGCUCAACAAAAAAAAAAAUUAGAAAAAGAUAAAAGCUUUGUCUUUGCCUUUAUUUUCUCGAGUUUUCCCUCGAUUUCUCUGGAGGCAUCAACAGUCUCAUUCUCAUUGAUCUUUCCUUUUUUUCGUUGCAAGAAAGAUCCAUUUUUUUCGAUUUUGGAUCUUUUUCUUCUGUAAUUUGGGUGUGUGGGUGACAAAAUUUUUGGAUGAAAGGUAACCAGAAAGAUUCGUCGGAGAAACCAAUAUGGGAUCGAAGCUCAUCGAGUGCUUCCAUACCCGGAAUGUGGUCUUUAACCCGACCCGGUCCAAAACUUAUGGUUUGGCUUAUCUGUUUCAUUGUCUUCACUUACAUUAUCUACAUGCUUAAGCUCGUCUCCACCUCACGCUCCUGCGACGAUUCCACUCCUUUCAACACCGUCUCUGCUCUCUCCACCAACGUUUCCUCCAACGCCUCUUCUUUACCUUUACCCUCCUCCUCUUCCGUAGCUUCACGACGGCGCGAAUGGGAGGAGAAAGAAGACACGGAGGUUGAUGAGCCGACGGAUCUUAACCACGUUGUGUUCGGGAUCGCUGCCUCGUCUAAGCUAUGGAAACAGAGGAAAGAGUAUAUCAAGAUCUGGUAUAAACCAAAACACAUGCGUGGCUACGUUUGGUUGGAUAAAGAGGUGAAGAAGAGCCUUAGUGAUGAUGAUAUUGGUGCUGAUGACGACGAAAAGCUUCUUCCUCCGAUUAAAAUCUCCGCCGGAACUGCGUCGUUUCCGUACACUAACAAGCAAGGACAACGCUCGGCGUUACGGAUCUCGAGGAUUGUGUCUGAAAUGCUGCGUUUAGGUCCCAAGAAUGUGAGGUGGUUCGUGAUGGGUGAUGAUGAUACGGUGUUUGUCACGGAUAAUCUGAUAAGGGUGCUGAGGAAGUACGACCAUGAGCAGAUGUAUUACAUUGGGAGCUUGUCGGAAUCUCAUUUACAGAACAUUUUUUUCUCGUAUGGGAUGGCUUAUGGUGGAGGUGGGUUUGCUAUUAGCUAUCCAUUGGCUAAGGCUUUGAGUAAGAUGCAAGAUCGGUGUAUACAGAGGUAUCCUGCAUUGUAUGGUUCAGAUGAUCGCAUGCAAGCUUGUAUGGCUGAACUUGGUGUUCCACUCACUAAAGAACUUGGCUUUCACCAGUAUGACGUUUACGGGAACCUCUUCGGCCUCCUUGCUGCACAUCCAGUAACACCAUUCGUCUCAAUGCAUCACCUGGACGUGGUGGAACCGAUUUUCCCGAACACGACACGGGUUCGAGCUCUAAAGAAGUUAAAAGAACCUAUGAAGCUCGACUCGGCAGGGCUUCUACAGCAGUCAAUAUGCUAUGAUAAGCACAAGAGCUGGACUGUCUCGGUAUCGUGGGGAUACGCGGUUCAAAUCUUCCGCGGGAUAUUCUCUCCCCGGGAAAUGGAAAUGCCUUCUAGAACCUUUUUGAAUUGGUACAAACGGGCGGAUUACACUGCUUAUGCAUUCAACACCAGGCCGGUUAGUCGUAACCCGUGCCAAAAGCCGUUUGUGUUUUACAUGUCGAGCACGAAAUUCGACAAGCAGCUGAACACGACGGUUAGUGAAUACACGAUACACCGCGUUUCGCAUCCGUCUUGUAGGUGGAAGAUGACUAAUCCAGCUGAGAUUAAUACCAUUGUCGUCUACAAGAAACCAGACCCUCAUCUAUGGGAAAGGUCACCUAGGAGGAACUGUUGCAGAGUGUUACAAACAAAGAGGAAUAAUACCUUAUGGAUCAAUGUUGGUGUAUGUAGAGCAGGUGAAGUUACUGAACUUAAGUAAUUUUUUUAUAAAUACUAUAGUUUUUGUAUUAAUUUUGGUUUUUUUGAAAGGGAAGAAAAAUUAGAGUUUUUAGGCUGCUUUUUUAGCCCUCGUAAUUUCUUGCCACGUUAUUUAAAUUUUUAUUCUUUGA